CUGUGCCGGUCCAAACCACUCAACAAGUGAGGAAGAGGAACAGAAGGACGCAGGGACAGUCUCUUUGACGGUUAUUUUUAUUAUUAUUAAUUUUUUUUUUUUAGCGUUUAACGUCGCUAAAGUCCCUUGUAAGUAACGAGUCAAGUAACUGAGUAAGUAAUAAAUAGGUAAAAAAAAAAAAAAAAAAAAAUGUCCGCUCGCGAGGAUCUGUUGAAGUCCAUCUGGCACGCUUUCACCGCCUUGGACGUGGACCACAGCGGCAAAGUGUCUAAAUCUCAACUCAAGGUGCUGUCACACAACUUGUGUACCGUCAUGAAGAUCCCACACGACCCCGUGGCUCUGGAAGAACACUUUAAAGACGACGACGAGGGCCCGGUCUCCAACCAAGGCUACAUGCCUUACCUCAAUAAGUUCAUCCUGGACAAGGUGACCGGCAACUUUGACCUGCAGGACUUCAACAGAAUGUGUUGGACAUUGUGCUGCAGGAAGAACCUGGACCAGAACCAGCUGCUCAUCUCCAACGACGACGCCUUCCGAAUCUGGUGUAUCUUCAACUUCCUGUCCGAGGACAACUACCCUCUGGUCAUCGUCACGGAGGAGAUUGAGUAUUUCCUGCGUAAGCUGACAGAGGCGAUGGGGGGCAGCUGGGUGGAGGAGCGCUUCGAGGACUACAAGCUGCAGCUGAUCUCCGAGCAGCAGCGGCAGAGUUUGAGCGCCUGGCAGCUCAUCACACUGGUGGGCUCAGGACACUUCAGCAAAGGCAUGGACCGCCAGAGCCUGUCCAUGGGCAUCCAGGAGCUCUACCAGGAACUCAUCCUGGACGUGCUCAAGCAGGGCUACAUGCUGAAGAAGGGCCACAAGAGGAAGAACUGGACGGAGCGCUGGUUCAUGUUGAAGCCGACCUCCAUCUCCUACUACGUCAGCGAGGACCAGGCCGAGAAGAAGGGAGACGUCAUGUUGGACCAGCACUGCAGUGUGGAGCCUCUACCAGACAAAGAGGGAAAGAAGUGUCUCUUCUUCAUCCGAUCCUCGCAGAAGAGUUUCGAGAUCAGCGCCUCGGACAAGAAGAAGAAACAGGAGUGGAUGCAGGCCAUCCAGACGUGCGUCCACCUGUUGCGGGCGUGCCGCCCUGCGCCGCACCGCGAGGCCCGGCAGAAGCGGCGGGAGCUGCGCCUCAAGCAGCAGGCGGACCAGGAGGAGCUGGAGACGAGGAUGAAGGAGCUGCAGACGGCCAACGAGGCCAAGCAACACGAGCUGGAGGACAUGAGGAAGGCUCUGGAGGAAGCGGCAGCGACCGCGGCGGAGGAAGAGCGGCGGCGACUUCAGACCCAGGCCGACCUCCAGGACCGCUACAGGCUGGACCUGGAGAGAGAGAAGAUGGUGAGGCAGCAGAUGGAGGAGCAGGUGGCCCAGAAGUCCACAGAAGUGGAACAGUACCUGCAGCGGGUCCAGGAGAUGGAGGACAUGUACCGGCGCCUGGAGGACGCCCUGGAGGACGAGAGACGCGCCCGACAGGACGAGGAGACGGUCCGCAAGCUGCAGGCGCGCUUACUGGAGGAGGAGGUGACCAAGAGAGCGGAGCUGGAGAAGAUCCACCUGCGGCAGCAGCGGGCCAUCUCGCAGACGGAGGCUGAGAAGCAGGAGCUGGAGAAGGAGCGCGUGGCCAAGGAGAGUGCCCUGCAGGACGCCAUGGAACAGCUGGAGCAGCUGCAACACGAGCGGCAGGGGGCGCUGGAGCAGUAUCAGACGGUGAUGAGGAAGCUGGAAGACGCCGCCAACAACACAAAGACCUGGAAGCACAAAGUGGCGGAACACGAGGGCUUCCUGCGCCUCAUCCAGCCAGGUUCCAAGGGCCAGCAGAUGAUCACCAACUGGGGCCCGGCGGCGUUCUCCGACGGCGAGCUGAGCCUGCGUGAGAAGAAAUGGCAGGAGAUGAAGAACCAGGUGACUCAGGCUCAGUAGGAGCGGCCAAGUUAGCAAACGCCAGCACCGACAUGACAACACAACUCUCAGUACCGUCGCACACAAACACAAUAACGCAAUAUCCUAAACAUAUUGUGUGAAGUUUAGCAGACGUCAACUUCACUGCCUUUGUCAAGGGGGGCGUACCUAAUCCAUUGUCCAGGUUAACUUUUGCCGGUUUAAUAAAUCUAGAUAAAAAUGUAAAUAUGUUAUUUGGAUGUGCCGUCUGAUAAGAUUAAAGGUGUGUGUGUGUGUGUGUGUUCUCCAAACAGUGAAAAUGCUAACUUUUUAACACUUGCUGUAAAACUAUUGUUUUUAUGUAAACAAAUCAAUAAAACACGUUGAAUUAUUA